CCCCAAAUCAUUAUAUUUCUUUCCUUUCUUUGUUCACUUCUUGUCCUUUUUCGUUAAGGCCCCUUUGGUUACUUUAUUUAAACAACGAAACAAAAAAAAAGAGAGAAAGAGUCUUGCUGAUUACAUACAGAGAAUGUCCAAAGCAUCUUCGUUUGUUCGUGAAUACAAAUUAGUGAUGGUCGGAGGCGGCGGUGUUGGUAAGUCGGCCCUGACUAUUCAAUUCAUACAGUCUCACUUUGUCGAUGAAUAUGAUCCAACUAUUGAAGAUUCAUAUCGUAAGCAAUGUGUCAUUGAUUCAGAAACUGCCCUACUUGACGUACUCGAUACUGCAGGUCAAGAGGAAUAUAGUGCUAUGAGGGAACAAUACAUGAGAAAUGGUGAAGGAUUUCUAUUAGUAUAUUCAAUUACAUCACGUAUGUCCUUUGAAGAAAUAUCAACAUUUUAUCAACAGAUUUGUCGUGUCAAAGAUCGUGAUUAUUUCCCGAUGGUUUUGAUCGGCAAUAAGUGUGAUCUGGAAUCGGAUAGACAAGUGUCAAGUCAAGAAGGAAGAGACUUGGCAAAAAACUUUGGCUGUCAAUUCAUCGAGACAUCGGCAAAGCAAAGAAUACAUGUGGAUGAUGCCUUUUUUGAAGUUGUGCGUGACAUUCGUCGAUAUAACAAAGAGCAAGAGACACGGGGGCAUAAUCAAUUUGGCAUGCAAAAUGCCCCUGAUGUCGGCUCGGAUAAAUGUUGUAUAUUGAUGUAAGAAACCAACCAUCAUGAUAUAAAUUUUUUUCGAAAAUUGCAAUUGCUUAAACACACACAGACACGCACACACACACACACACAGACACCUAUAUAAAUAUAUAUAUAAUACAUAUAUAAUUACGCUAAUGAUUAUUUAUUUCUCUUUACUAUACAACUUUAAUACAUAUAUCAAUCUCAUUUUGAACACAAAAAAAAAAAAAAAAAAAAAAAAAAA